UGAAGUGACCUUCUUUACGUCCGCCAGAAGAGAACCGCGCACCGGCCGAGAGAUCUCCUUCUUCCUCCUCUCCUGCAGAUAAUUUAACACAAAGCUGACUAUGGGCGACAUUGCAAAAGGAAAGAAGGCUUUUGUCCAGAAGUGUGCCCAGUGCCACACAGUAGAGGAGGGGGGCAAGCACAAGGUGGGCCCCAACCUCUGGGGUCUGUUCGGACGCAAGACCGGGCAGGCGGACGGCUACUCAUACACGGACGCCAACAAGAGCAAAGGUAUUGUGUGGGGCGAGGGCACCUUGAUGGAGUACCUGGAGAACCCCAAGAAGUACAUUCCUGGAACCAAAAUGAUCUUCGCUGGCAUCAAAAAGAAGGGAGAGCGCCAGGACCUCAUUGCAUACCUUAAAUCUGCAACAUCAUGAAGUGGUCAUUAAAUCCAGAAUAUUUAAUGUCAUAUUUUAUUAUUUUUUAUCAUUAGGCUUACACAUGCUUAAUAUACUGUUUUUAUGUUUAGUCAUUUGCACUCAAGGUUAAUUUAUGUCGUCAAAGGUUUUUGAAAAGUGAGUUCACAGCUAAUGUCACUUUAAGGUCGUUCAAAUGGCCAAACAUAAAACUACAGUCUGUUUCAUUUUUGUUUUGUGGAUCUGUACUGUAAUGAAAAAAACUAAUCCCAUUAUCUUAUUAUUUCUAUCAUUAUUCGGUUGCCUGACCUGCCACGCAUUCUGUUUUUCAUGACACACAUGUCUGGUACUUCCUGCUUGCAGAGCCAUCCGUCAUUGAUUUAACUUUCAAAUGUAUAACUAAAAAGAAAGUAACUAAUAUCAGAUACAUCAGAGUGAAACAGGGUGUCAAUCUGGAUCUUUGGUGGUUAAAUGGUGCCGACUCUUAAUCUACCCCCAGCUUUCAUGCCAACUGGAGUUUCUAACCUUUAGAAGAUGUGACAGUGGGAAUUUUCUACACUCGCUUUCUCCUGUCCUUAUAUGUUGUUGGUCAGAAACUACCACUUGCCAUGGAUGCUCAAAACCGUGUUGCAUUCAAGGACCUGUAACAGAGCCUGAUCCGUUACUGAAGCAGCCCCUCUGAGCUCCUGUUUUUAACCCCCCAACAGUCAUCAGACUCAGCACAAGUUGUUGUUUUUCUUCUUAAAUAGUGCUCGGAGUGACACUCUGAUAACUGCCUCUUAACAGCUAAGAAUUGUGGGUUAUAAGCAUUUGUGAAUGCCUUUAAAACCACCACCAUGCUGAGAUCCCACCAGUGUGAAAUCAGCUGGCAUACGAUCAAAAUGCCGAACUACGUUACUGUACGAAAUAGAGGUACUAUCUGAACUCAAGGAAGAUUUUGUUAUUUACCUGGUUUCACAGGCCUGAAAGAGAGUCGUUUUAACUUAUUUUACUGUAAUCUGUCAGACUGCAUCUGUGAGAUGUUUCGAUGGGGCUGCUUGCUGUCAAUGUACACAGCAAUACACUGUAUGCACAUGAACAACAAUAUAAUGCUAUGUCGUUGGUUGUGGACAGGGUGGAUGAAGACUUAAUUAAAAAGAAAAUGUCCAGA